UUAUUUUUAUUAAAAAUAUCGAUUUAUCAUUUACUUCGCGCAGUAAACAGAAAUUUUAUCGUGUAGGGAAAAGUACUUUAAAUGGUAAAAGACGCAUAAAACCAGCCCAACAAAAGUGUCUGGAUAACCGGAGUAUCCGCGCGCCCCCUCCAACUAGCACAGGCGACCCAAAUUACGACGAACGUUUUCUAAUUACGCAUUCCAAGCAUGGACGAGGCGAACAUACAGGACAAGGAGCGGUUCGCUAGCCGCGAGAACCACUGCGAGAUCGAGCGACGUCGCCGCAACAAGAUGACGGCCUACAUCACCGAGCUCUCGGACAUGGUGCCCACCUGCAGUGCCCUGGCCCGAAAGCCGGACAAGCUGACCAUCCUCCGCAUGGCUGUGGCCCACAUGAAGGCUCUGCGCGGCACUGGAAACACCAGUAGCGACGGCACCUACAAACCGUCCUUCACCGACCAGGAGCUGAAACACCUCAUCCUGGAGGCUGCCGAUGGCUUCCUUGUGGUAUCCUGCGAUUCGGGCAGGGUCAUCUAUGUCUCCGACUCUGUGACCCCCGUGCUCAACUACACCCAAAGCGAUUGGUACGGCACCAGCCUGUGACACAUUCAUCCCGAUGGCGAGAAGAUCCGCGAGCAGCUCUCCACGCAGGAGUCGCAGAAUGCCGGCCGCAUCCUGGAUCUCAAGUCGGGCACGGUGAAAAGAGGCCACCAGUCCAGCAUGCGGCUGAGCAUGGGAGCCCGUCGCGGAUUCAUCUGCCGCAUGCGGGUGGGAAAUGUGAACCCCGAGUCCAUGGUCUCUGGCCAUUUGAAUCGCCUCAAGCAGCGGAACUCACUGGGACCCUCGCGGGAUGGCACCAACUACGCUGUGGUCCACUGCACAGGCUACAUCAAGAACUGGCCUCCAACCGAUAUGUUCCCCAACAUGCAUAUGGAGCGCGACGUGGACGACAUGAGCUCACACUGCUGCCUGGUGGCCAUCGGACGACUGCAGGUCACCUCCACGGCGGCCAACGACAUGAGUGGCUCGAAUAAUCAGAGCGAGUUUAUCACACGUCAUGCCAUGGACGGCAAGUUCACGUUUGUAGAUCAGCGGGUAUUGAAUAUAUUGGGUUACACCCCACUGAGUUUGGGCAAGAUCUGCUACGAUUUCUUUCAUCCCGAGGACCAGAGCCACAUGAAGGAGAGCUUUGAUCAGGUGCUCAAGCAGAAGGGACAGAUGUUCUCGCUCUUGUACAGAGCUAGGGCUAAGAACUCCGAGUACGUCUGGCUGCGCACACAGGCCUAUGCCUUUCUGAAUCCCUACACCGACGAGGUGGAGUACAUUGUGUGCACCAACAGUUCUGGAAAGACCAUGCAUGGUGCUCCCUUGGAUGCCGCGGCUGCUCAUACGCCCGAGCAAGUGCAACAACAACAGCAGCAGGAGCAACAUGUUUAUGUGCAGGCUGCUCCGGGAGUGGACUACGCCCGCCGGGAGCUGACCCCAGUGGGCAGUGCUACCAACGAUGGCAUGUAUCAGACGCACAUGCUGGCCAUGCAGGCUCCGACGCCCCAACAGCAGCAGCAGCAACAACAACAGCAGCAACAGCGCCCGGGAUCAGCGCAAACCACACCUGUGGGCUAUACCUAUGACACCACACAUUCACCGUACAGCGCUGGAGGACCCUCGCCGCUGGCCAAGAUACCCAAAUCGGGCACCUCGCCCACACCGGUGGCACCCAACUCCUGGGCUGCACUGCGUCCACAGCAACAACAGCAGCAGCAGCCCGUGACCGAGGGCUACCAGUACCAGCAGACAAGUCCGGCCAGGUCACCGAGUGGUCCAACAUACACCCAACUGAGUGCCGGAAACGGCAAUCGCCAGCAACCGCAGCCAGGAGCAUAUCAGGCGGGUCCCACCACCCCCCCCAAUGCACCGGGAAUGUGGGAUUGGCAGCAGGCUGGAGGACACCCACAUCCGCCACAUCCAACGGCGCAUCCGCACCAUCCACACGCUCAUCCCGGAGGCGGCGGAGCAGGACAGCCGCAGGGUCAGGAGUUCUCGGAUAUGCUGCAGAUGCUGGACCACAGUGCGCCGACCACGUUUGAGGAUCUGAACAUCAACAUGUUCAGCACGCCGUUUGAGUAAUCCCGAUCACCUCUCGAUUCCCGUUUCCAGCCCCCCCCUUAACCUGUGUCUCUCUUUAACCAUUUCCAAGUGCAAUCCAUCUUACAUUGUUGAAAUAGUUCAGCCAAACGCAUGCAAAUUGUAAUCUCGUAAAUAGCAUUUUAAGUAAUAGCGGUAGUCACGUACACGACUCUGAUAUCUAUAUUUUUGUGUGCUACGUCUUUUUCACUUCCUCCUCCCGCCUCCAUUUAACCCGCUCAUUGGCCGUGCAAAAGUAUUUACAAUUAAAGUCGUACGUUUGUUCAAAACGAAAGGGAAUAUACA